AUGGUUCGCCUUAAGGAUCGCUAUCUCUUAGUCAACAUUGUCUACACAGACCUUCCCCCUGGACAAAAGGGCUCCGUACCCGAUGUGCUGCUCUAUAACCAGCCCACCAUCGGAGAACUCAGGCCCCAAACCAUCUUGAAGGGCAUUCGCAGUCAGGUGAAUGCGUUAUUUGGGGACUGCGGCUCAGGCUCAGUCGAGCGCAGCCUACAAGUCAAGUACCUCUCUACUGCGACCUCAACCUUCAUCCUGCGUAUCUCACGAGCCCAUUACAGGCUUGUUUGGGCCGCCUUGACUUUCAUGGACCGCCUCCCACUCAAGGAUGGCAGACCUUGCAUCUUCCGUGUUGUCAGAGUUAGCGGCACCAUCCGUAAGGUCGAAGAAGAAGCCAUCCGCCGUGCCAAGCUCCUUGUCCUUGCGGCAAAGGACGAGAUGGCCGGCAAGGCCUCACCAUCAGACGCCCUCAAUGCUCUCUUCCGCGGCGGUAAAGAUUCAGCUCGUAAUCUGGCCUUGGUCAAUGAUGACCAUGAUGACGCAGAGAUGGACGAGGGCGAGGUCUCUGAUGGAUGA